CUAAUAUUUCCACAUGGUUUCAAAAUGGCGGACGAACUUGGAUAAAUUUUUAUAAAUUCUCGAAGAUUUACCUUGGUUUUUUUCCCGAUCUGGAUCAUUUCUUGCAUUAAAAUAUGGCUGAUACAGAAAACAAGGAAACAAGCUCAAAGAGCAAACUCGAUGAAGAUACUUUGAGUUAUUUCAAACGCGUCGAAAGUGUCAUCGAAGAUGACGACUUUGAAGACGAAGAAUCUAAGAAACUCUUCGUUGAAAAUGUCUUUACGCAAGUCGAGGAUCACGAGCUCCUUCUCGCUUGUGAUCAAGCCAUGAGCAGGGUAUUAGAGAGGCUUUUGAACCACUUAAACGAUGCACAGCUAAAGAAAAUCUGGAAUAACUUAUCAAAUAGUUACGAAGUCGUAACUUGUGACAGGUUUGGUAGUCACGUCACGCAGAAUUUAGUUAACUUGGUCCCAAGAACGAUUCGCGCUGAACGUAUUAAAGUAAAGGAGGUAGACAAGAAGGAAGAAGAAAGUUUAUCUAUGGAGGAAUUGUUUUUAUCUUACUGUACUUUUGUUGAGGAUAAUUUGAGUGACUUGAUAGAGAAUACCUACGGAUCGCAUGUUGUUCGUGCUGUGUUCGAAGUACUGGCUGGUGUUCGUGUUGCUGAUGAUGUGCAAAGAAGUAGGAACUCCAGGGGUUGCAGGGGAAAGGCAUUUAAGAUGCAUGACAAAAAAGUUGGGAGAGUGAAACCAGUUGGACAAGCCUUUGGAUUUACCGAAGCGGUCACUGCAUCUCAAACCAUUGCUGUGCCAGACAGCUUUAUAUCAAUGCUUGAAAGACUAUCCCUGAAGAUGAUGGAAAUGGAUUUGAAGAAACUAGUUUUCAGCCAUCUCAGUUGUCCUGUGUUACAGACUCUUUUACUUGUUCUCCAUCAAAAGAAUCCCAAGCUCUGCUCGAAGCUUUGUAAGAAGAUUAUGAACCAAGUGGAGUUUAAUGAAACUGAAAAAAUGGAAGAUGAAAUGGAAGAUGAAAUGGAAGAACUUGAAGGGAACAAUAACAAGGGAGAGAAUUAUGAUGACAAUGGAAAUAAGAAGUAUCAAAUUCCUUCACUUUUUUCUCAUGAUGUUGGUAGUCAUCUGGUAGAGAAGAUUCUACACGUAAUCUCACCAAAAGGACACAAGAAGCUUUAUAAGAAUUACUUUAAAGGUCACUUAGAGACACUAGCAUUACAUCAUGUAUCUAACUACCUUGUACAACAUCUACUGGCAAGCACAACUGACCCUACUCUGGGUGAGCAAAUGCUUGAUGAACUACUUGGUGAAAUGGAGGAGUUAUUCUCAGCAGGUCAUGAUGGUGUGGUUGCCAGAAUGGCUGAAUUAUGUGUAAGACUUGAAGUAAAGCAGCAAGACCUACAGCGAGCAAUACUUGAGGCUUUCCACUGCACUGGAAAAAAAGAAAAAAAGUCUUCCUCGACUCUUCUCUUGUCUAUGACAACACAUGAUAUAUUCUUUGGAGAAGAUGAUGAUAAGAGCAAACAAACAGAUGAAGAGAAUAAAGAUGAGCAAACAGAAAAAUCUGAGAUUAAAAAGGAACUACCAAGAUUAAAGAACAUCAACUUUCACGGAUCUGUGCUACUGAAAACGCUUCUCGAAUUUCAAGAUCCAAAGGUGUUUGUAGACAGUCUUCUUGGCAUGAGCAUAGAAGAGCUUUUGAGAAUCUGUCAAGAUCCAAUGGGAUCCAGAACGGCAGAGGCAUUCUUUAUUAGCAAAACAGUUAAAGAGAAAAAGAAACACAGCCUAUGUGAAAAGCUGAAGGGUGAAUUCGCGAAGCUUUCUUGUGACAAACAAGCCAGUCAUGUCGUGGAAACAUGCUGGAUUCAUGUAGACAUAUCACACAAAGAACUUAUCCUACAAGAACUACUCCAAGAUGAACACAAGCUUACCAAGGAUUUCUUUGGCAGUAAGGUAAUAAAGAAAUGCGGCCUUGAACAAUUUAAAAGGAAGAAAGGUGACUGGAUCCAGAGGGAAGAAAAAGCAAAUAAGAAGAGGCAGAUUUUUGACGAGAUUAUCCAUCAAGAAGAAAAAAAGAAAAAAAAGGCGAAAGGAAUGAAGGAGGAACAACAAGAACGAUGUGUUGUCAAAUCCUACGCUGCUGAAAUGGCUGUGUUAGGGUUUGAUACAGCCAAGAAUCUUGAAGACCCCAACACCGAGGUUGCAUCGAAGCGAGCAAAGGCUCAUCAAAGACAAAAAGAAGAUGACGAUAUAGAUAUGAUAUUCAAAGCCAAGAGGACACUGAAAGGAAACAAAAAUACUACAGAUGAUGGUACCCACCCAAAGAAGAAGAAGAAGAAAUGAUUUUAAGAUUAUUGUAUCCUGCCAAUGCAUAAAAAAGCUCGUUUACAAUUGUGUGGUUGUCAUUUAUUUUCCUAACCUCUCUCUCUAGACCGUGGAAAGAAACGUGUCCUCCAAUAAGAUCAUGAAAAGAUCCUUUGCACCAAACAGUUAUGUGCUGAUUUAACACUUUGAUAACGAAUCAAUUCAGCCAAAGGUCCCUAUGGAAAGACUGUUGGAUAGCAAACACGCGUUAAAUUUCUUCGUAUCUUGAAUUCAAAAAAACUUAAGAGGAAAAAAAUAUUUAAAAAAGGUUUUAGAUAUAAGUAAUCCAGCAAAAAGUUAUUUAAGUAAACUACACUGUAAGUCCGAUUUUUAUGCCAUCCAGUAACUGUUAUGUGAUUAUUUCCUGCAAAUGCCUAUUGUGCGUUAUGUUGAGCUGAAGUCGACAUCACUUGACGGGCAGUGCGAGUCAGCUAUUGAAUGCCUAUCGUUUGAGCUGAGAAACAAGCUAAAAUAAAUUGCAAUCACACUUA